GAAAACUAUUAAAAUAAAAUCUGGGAACAUAAUGAAUUUGCCAAUUUCAGUUUGAAAUUGACUAUCAAAUCCUUUUGAGAUACUAUAAGAAUGAAGAGACUUAUUAAUCAAUUAUAUACAACAGAGUGGGAAGAGUAGAGUGACCAAAUCGAUUAUGGAAGAAGGAAAAGAAGUGAUACCCCUCCUCAUCCCAUACAACAUGGGAAAAUUCAAUCUGUCCCACAGGAUAGUCCUGGCACCAUUAACAAGAACAAGGUCAUUCAAUUUCGUGGCUCAACCACAUGCUGCUCUUUAUUAUUCUCAACGAACAACAAAGGGUGGCUUCUUGAUUGGGGAAGCCUCAGGGGUCUCAGACACUGCACAAGGGUACCCAAAUACACCUGGUAUUUGGACAAGAGAACAAGUGGAAGCAUGGAAACCCAUUGUUGGAGCUGUUCAUGAGAAAGGAGGCAUAUUCUUUUGUCAACUUUGGCACGCCGGAAGAGUCUCAAACUAUGGUUACCAACCAGAUGGACAGCCUCCAAUCUCAAGCACAAAUAAGGCACUACAAAAGGAAGGUAGCGGCAGCACUAAGUACCCACCUCCUCGACGUCUCACAACCGAUGAAAUCCCAAAAAUUGUCAACGACUUCAGACUGGCAGCCAAAAAUGCCAUAGAUGCAGGUUUUGAUGGAGUGGAGAUACAUGGAGCUAAUGGAUACUUGCUUGAUCAAUUCCUAAAGGACAAAGUGAACGAUAGAGAUGACGAGUAUGGAGGGAGCUUAGAAAAUCGUUGUCGCUUCCCUCUAGAGGUUGUGAAAGCAGUUGUUGAUGAGAUUGGAGCUGACAAAGUUGGUGUUAGACUUUCACCUUAUGCUGAUUAUUGUGGUUGUGGAGACUCUAACCCUCAUGCUUUAGGCAUCUACAUGGCUAAGUCAUUAAGUCAAUUAGGCAUUCUCUAUUGUCAUGUCAUUGAACCUGGGAUGUGCACCAUGUUUGAAAAAUAUGACACCAAUGAGUCCUUAAUGCCCAUGAGAAAGAUCUUCAAUGGAACAUUUAUUGUUGCUGGUGGAUACAAUAGGACUGAAGGAAACAAUGUGUUGGCCAGCAAUGGUGCGGAUUUGGUAGCUUAUGGAAGGCUCUUUUUGGCAAAUCCUGAUCUGCCUAGAAGAUUUGAAUUGGAUACCCAAUUGAACAAGGCUGAUAAGAGCACUUUUUACACCAAUGAUCCUGUUGUUGGAUAUACUGAUUAUCCAUUUCUUGAAAAUGCUAGCUAGAGAUCGCAUAAACUAUUAAGUAAGUGUUUUAGAACAUAAUACUUUCAUGUAUCAAAUAAAAUGUUUUUUUUCAACACCAAAAAAAGAAUUAAUUGUUCCAGAAAAAUGUUCUUCUGAAUAAAUAAAAGUCAAUUUUUUUUCUUUGA